UGUUAUAAACGAUCUAAAUAAAAAAUAAUUUAACGAGUUAUUGAACUAUUGGUAUACAUGAUAUACAUCGUUUUUGUUGUUGUAUUUUUAUAGUUGUAUCAAGUUUUCUAAAAAUAAUAAUAUGAGUCUAAAUAAAAUGGUUAUUAAUUUGGUUAAUUUAAACACGUAGUUUCAUUGAAAAUUCUAAAACCAGCAUUAUUUUAUUAUUAGUUGUGUUGAACGACAGAGCGAUAGACGCAACGACGCAACGUACAUAAGUGACUUAUUUUUGUAUGCAAUAUAAUAUUAAUAUUUUGUGUUGUGUAAUUUGUGUUUAAAAAAUGAGUUUAAAACCUUUCUGUUUUGAACCUACUGUGGAAGAUAUCGAUAACAGAAUUUAUGAAGCACUACGAGUAAAUCCAAUACAAACAAUAAACUAUGUGGGAAGAACAGCAAUACACCCAAGUAAUUGGUGUUUGUGUAAAAAGUGUCCUAUUUUGCAAACUGACAAAGAAUGUAUUUGUUGUUUUGAGUUCGAAAAUAUAUCGAAAUUGCAUUCUAAUAUUAAAUGCGUGAUAGAAUUAUCAUCUUUAAAAAAAAUUAUUAUGGACGAAGAAGUUUUGAACAUUACUAGGCAACAAAUGAUUUUGAAAACUAAUGAUGUAAAACGAAAAAAAAUGCUUUCAACAUUAAAUCCGGAAAACAAAACUUGGAGAUUUAUAUGUUACAAACAAUUUACGCAUUGGAUAAAUUCAUGGACUGCAAUAGGAAAAGGAAAUCGUGUAUGUAUUCCAGCAUGUGUUGUACAAGCUAUUCGAAAUAAGUACCCUGAAAAUAAUGGAAUAUACGUAGGUUUCAAAGAAAACUACAGCAAAUAAGAAACUUGAAUAAAUUUGAACUCUAAAUUAAUUGUAAUAAAUAAGUUUGAAUAAGAUUAGUGUAACUCAGUAUUCAUUUUAUACUUUUUUAUUUUUUAUUAUUCAUAAAAACCUACAUUAUGAUUAUGUAAGUACGUCUAUAAUCACAUAUAAUAUACUAAUA